AUGCCGUCAACAGGCCCUUCCAGAUGCCACACUGCAAAGCGAAUUAUUAAACGAGGCCUGAAUCAGGCACCAACAGAGCGGCGGCAGAGGAAGAGAAAGCAAAAGGCUCAUGCCCGCCAAAAGCCCAGACCGCCACGGAGGCACCUAACCUGUAAACCCCCGCCGGGAAACAGCAUGGCAUCCAACAACGAGAAUUCACCCACAAAGCCGAAAAUCGCCCGGGAGACAGAACAUCUCAGCAGCGAAGGGCUCUCAUGCAAAGCCCAGGCCCUCAGGACAAAUCAGCACGGACCAGCGAACACCAACUACAUGGCACUUGUCGCCGGAUGGACCACAGGCAGCCCUGCAUAA